UUAGCGAUAAAUAUCUAUAUAUAGUUGUUAAGUUAAUUUCAAAUUCUACAAAUAUGUAUAAAGUUUAUUCAAGAUCUAACAUACAUUCCUACGGGAGGCACUAUAUUGCCAAUACAUUUUAUGGCGGUGAUGUCAAGUGUUUGGAUAAAACCUUACACGUAUCUCCAACUUACAAGUAUCCUCAAGUUGCACUGAAACUGCCUACCAAUGUCGUGGAUAUAAAUUCAGCGGAAAUGUCUAGAUUUUCGCCUUUGCGAGCAAGAGAUAUUGCCGGUCCCGUUAUAAGUUCAUAUUACGAAAAACAAAGUGAAGAUUUCUAUAAGAUAGAUGUAACUCUGCAAAUAGAUCCACAUGUUAAUAAAUAUGACUGCCAUGGAGCUGUCAGCUUAUCUUCUUCUAUGCAAAGCAAUGUUCCAAGCCCUUUCAGUGGAAAUCACACUCACCUUAAUAUGCCAGGUUCUCAGUGGGGACAAGGAUAUAAAUAUUUGUCAGACCAUUUACAAAGUGCACAUUACCUGACAUUAAGAAAUGAAUAUAGAGAGACACAAAAUAAUUCAGUGGAAUCGACCUAGUGGAGAUUUUGAAACAUUUUAAUAUUGGUGAAGGCACCUUAACUAAAGUGGCAUCUUCAAAUGCUGGAACGUUUGUGAUAGCAUAUGCUGUACAUAAAUGUUUUGCACCUGUUAGGAUGGCCAUAACUCUAGCGUCUACUCCUUUUAUUGUACGUUACUUAAGAAAUAUGGGAUAUAUAAAGGGAAAGGGUAACAAUCUUGGUGGUGGGAAAUAAUAAAAUUACUACGAUUAUACACGUAUUGUC